AUGAAUGCUUCUCAAACCAUAUCUGAUAUAGACUCGUUGCUUCAACUCACCGACAAAUUAAUGGCUCCGUACAGUCCUCACCCUGUCAUGGCUGCUUCUGUUCCAAACUCUCCAUCAGACACAUUACAUCCUCAACCUUUGCUUUCACAGAUUCUCGCUUUGCUUCACAAGGUUGCAAAUGCUGAAUCAUUAAAGAUGGCAAAUCAAAUCAUUCAGAGCACAGGCGGUGUAGAUCUGUCGCAGCGAGUUGUCGAGUUGGAUUCGUCCAUCUUGAAAUCCAUUUCAAAGUGUCUUGAACUCAAGCAUGUUAUGGAUGCACUGAUCUAUCCAGGCUAA